GUCUGUAGACUAAAUUAAUGAGCUUCCAUCAUGAUCACUCUUACACAUCCGUACGCAGCCCUUCCCGAUCGUUGAUCUUGCCUGGUGGAUCGUCGAUGAUGAUGAUAGCAAAUUCAUCUAUUCACCACACACCGACAGAGCGGUCGCUGAAUACCAAGCUCCAACGGGUCCUUGAAAAAAGUCGAACUCUCCUCGUGAGAGACCCAACCAACGAUACCGUAUACGAACACACCAGUCCGCGCCAAUCGAGAUCCCGCCGUAAACUCGAUGGAAAUACCUCGGAAAUGUCGCUGCACUCAGCUCGUGACGACGCCCGUGUUCAAUUAAGCGUUGCAAGCAGCUCCGACAGCCGACUAUCGUCUGCCGGUAGUGUCUCGUCUAUUGGUGGUGGAAACGUCCAUCAUCCUGAUCGAACGACUCUGCUGGAGAGGGCAGAGGAAUCUUCGCGACUCAUCAAUGCUCCUGGGGCGGACUCGUGGGCUAAUUACAAUCGACAGUUGAGGUCCCAUGGCUUUGACGCGGUGCCAGUAAUUGCUGGCUCGUCUCGGCUAGGAGAGCCUACACUCGUUGACGGUCGGAAGCUCUUCGAAACCUGUAUAAACGUGUUGCAAGAGUAUAGUGUUCGAAAUCGUCAGCUUUUGGCAGCAACUCCGAGUGGUCGCCGAGACUCUCCGAGAGAAUCAUCCAAACUAAAGGAAGUCACGCGAGCAAAUUGGAAGUUACAACAGGAAAUUGAAAAAUUACGGCGGGAACUCGACGCUAGCGUGGUGGAGCGCUCCUCCAACUCGCUGACGAGUGAGGCUCGUACACGGCAACUGGAGAGAGUGAAGUCACAGCAAUCUGGGGAGAUACGAAGACUCCAUCACCAGUGCCAACGACAGGAGAUUGAGCUCGAACGAAUGCGGAAUACGAUGCAGAAGAUGGCUGAUGAGGAGGAAAUGAGGAGGAAAAAGGACAGAGAGUUUGCGGAGAAGGCGGUGAAGUCCGUAUGCCGUGGUGGUGGUGGAGUGAAGAACCAAGGGAGCCUCCAUGUGCUCCAAGAGUUAGCUGCAGUAUAUAGAAGACGCAUAGAGAGGCUGGAGAAGGAGGUCAUCGCAUCGGGUAAGCAGUCCCAGGACUUGGCCAGUCAACUCACCAGUGCGGAAGAGGAAAUUCGACUCCUCCAGAGGCAACUUGCGCUCGCAACGGAGGCGCCUGAGGAGGAUUCGGUUUAUGCGAAGCGGAGUCAGCUACCUCCCAGUGUUGAUGAAGAUGUGGUGAGAGCGCUGGAGGAGUCCCUCCGUGCUGAGACGGCAGCACGGUUGGAGGCUGAGGCCCGCGAGAAGGAGCACGGGAUUAGAUAUUCUGCUAAGAUCGCCGCUCUGGAGCGAGAGGUAAACACUGCGAGGCAUGAGCUUGCGGCUGCGGAGGCAACACUAGUUGACCGUCCUACAAUGAGGGAAGUCCAGCUGUUGAAGAACAAGAUUGAGCGACUCGAAAAAAGCAGAGAAGAGAGGGAUAGAUGGCGAUGUGGUGAUGUUCGAGAGAUGAUACGACGAGACAAGGAGUCCCACAAGCUGGGGGCGGACAUAGCCGUUGCUGAAAUGGACAGCUCUAUGAUGCAACAAGUGUUGUUGGAUUGUUGUCGACAUUUGAAGAUUAGCGAGCCUAGUAUCCUACCGGAUGCACUCAAGAAGCUCGGCGAGGUUCUGGACACAGCGCUACCGCGAAUGACCGAGUUUAUCCGCUUUGUAACUUCCAAGGUUUGCGGCUCGGACUGGGUCAAUGAUGGUCAACACGAAGGUCCCUCGGUCUUCGCUCCAUUGGAGACCGUCGAGGCUAGACUUAGGGCACUACUUGCAGUAGAACAAGAGCUCAGGAGUGUACGCAAACAGCUGGAUGCUGCUGAGUCUGCCAUAGAUGGGGAAGCACCCACAGGGCUGCCUUUGGAAGCUCGCAUUGCAUCUGUUGUGGAAGAGCUGAAUGAUCGGCGAACUACUGAGGCGGCCUUUGGGGAGGCGACUGAGAGGAUAUACAGCACUGAGGAGCCGCGUUUGAUCACGGACCGGAUGGUCAAACAUUAUAUGACGACAUUUGAGGUGAAUCAGCUGGAACAUGUGUGCGGCAGUAUGGGCCGAGCACGGCAACGUUGGUUGGAACUGGAAAACUUCUGGAAAGCUCUUUGUUCGGACGUCUUGAGAGUUGAUCCAUCAGAAGUCUCUACUGCUAAGGCAAUGCUCCUUGCACGGAAGAAACUUUCCCGAGGGUCUAGUGGAUAG